AUGACGCAGCCAACCACCCCAGAAAUCAACGUCAAACUCGAAACCCCACCCUACAUGCAGCAAGACUACUUCCACCAGCUGCCCGACAACCAGCAGCUGAGUCCCCUGCCGCAUGAGCAGCAGCAGCAGGUGUAUGUGAAGCCGAUCCCGCCCGCCGCGCUGGACCCACUGCUUCUCGGCCCCGCCGCGCAGUCGCUCAGCCCGCCCGCCCAGAAACCCCACCGCGUCCCGCUGAGCUACUGCCAGCUCCACGACCGGGUGCGCUGCACCGUCACCACCGACGGCAAGUGCUGCAAUCGGCAGUUCGACAGCGAGGGCCGGCUGCGCGCGCACCACCGCCAGUUGCACGAUAAAUUGAUGGACCCGUGCCCGUUCUGCGGACAGCGGUUCUACGGACGGUUCUCUUGGGGAUUGCAUAUCGAGAAGGAACAUGGGGUGUUUGUGGCGGAUUGCAAGGUUGAGGACGGCGAUGAGGUGGAGAUCAUACAGUGA